AGGCUAGUUCAGCCAAACAGUACAGUUUAUGCUCGGUAUUGAUUACAAUCCGAACGGAAGAUAAGCCCGUCAUUGAAUGAAGCCAACUCUUGUUAUACCUCUUACUUUCUACUUUACUACGUGGCACCUACCCAAUAGUUAUUGUGGCUCUAGAUUGACGGAAAGUGUCUCAAGUGUCUCCUGGUUAUCUCUUCUAGAGGUGUGGUGAGGAGGCUUCGAAAUGGUGGGGUCUAAAAAUGGUGCCAUUUGUCAUCCCAGAGGAAGUUUUCUGGCCGUAUUGGGCCAAGGAGAUGAACUUUGGUUUGGUCGAGCCACUCAACAUGUGUAUGAAGAAACCGAGAACUUUGACUUGCUUUGGUUAGAAGAGCAUGACACGUGUCAGAAUCAGUACCAACUGGCUAAGAAGCCAUUCAGUUGUCCCAAAGAUUCCGUGAUCCUUCGGGUGAGAUUCGCCCCAAUUGGUAAAGGUGUCUACAUCAUCAAGCCUAGGACAAAGCAAAAGGCUGAGGAUGCCUUGGCUGAGGCCUUGAAUCCGCCCGACACCAACGAAGGGGCCAACGAUGAGAGUGAUGAGAGCGAUUCCGGCGUGGGUGAGGAUGAGGAGAGCCGUACGAUUUUGGGACGGCCUCGAAAACGAAAAGCAGGCAAACUUCCCAUUCAAAAAGGCGCUCAGUCGAAGCAGAAGAAAACACCACCGAGCCUGACUAAGACGGCAGCCAAGAAGAAUUCCGGCAAACCGAGCGGAAAGGCGAAGAAAUUAGGAAAAGUUUCAACGGCAAAGAAGCAGCCGAAGGUGAAAGUUCCUCGACCUCCCAAUUGGAAAUUGAAACCGAAUCCCAACGUGAAGGCAUGGGACAAGGAUCCCCUCUUCGAGAGCCGUGAGGAGGUUCCAUUUGUGUCGAGUUCAGCUCACAGUAAACUAGUCAUCCGAGCCAUUCUGCUUCGAGAUCACACUCUGUUAAAGAAAUGCGUCGAGGAUACAGAGCACAUUCACAGCUUGAGAAUGAAACGCUCCCUUCAGAACGAUGCCACUGCCCUCACUUACGCUUUGAAGAUGAAUGACAUAUGUGCAGUCAAAUUGCUAAUCCAAGCGGAAAAGAAGGAACACAGUAAGCCUCGAGUUGAGAGACAACCCUGCAUGAUGGAGCAAGUUGGAACAGGAGUUUACAAUUAUCGAUCUCUGGGUAUUCGCAAGAUUCGCGCCCUCAAAAUGAGUCGGGGUGGACGGGAGGGAAACAACGCUCUCACUAAGGACGUUUUCAACCCCUAUGGCAUGGACUCGGAUAACAUGAGCUCUUUGGCCAUGAAAAUGGGCUUAUCCCAGAAAAUGGUCAAUGAACUCAUUGCAAUGAAUAUUCUAACGCGAAACAACGUGGCCUGGCACAGCUAUCGCGCCAUCUCGAGGGGAUUUGUGGAUGUGGCUGCUUGGGCCAUCGAGAGGGACGUUAAAGCCAAUGUAAUGGGCAGCAUGUAUAACCAUUAUCACCACGAGGCUUUGGUCCGAGAUAACAGGCAAUGGAAAUGGCCAAUUCGCGAGGUGAGCGCUCGUAAGAAGGGGCCCCAUGGCCUCACGCCGCUUCACUGUGCCGUGGUUAAUCCCAACAUCAGCGCUCUCAAGCAACUGUUUGCCGUGUGCCCGGACGUAAAUGUCAUGGACGAGGACAACCGCAAACUCAUUCAUUAUGCCGUGGCAUGUCAAGGGAUGGAACCCAUCAAGUUCUUAGUGGAACACGGCGCCAAUCUGGAGGACGUGGACAAGCGGGGCAUGACGCCCUUGAUGAGAGCGUGCCAGUUGGGCCGGCCUCUUAUGGUCCAAUACAUCAUCGACUCCUUGAAAAAGACCAAGCAAGAUCUGAACGCCAUCAACCCCAUCGUGAAAAAAAUGGGAGUGGCUGGAAUGGACAGGCCCACCCGACAAUCUUGGAGUGCGAUCAAUUUUGCCAUCAAUGAAGGCCACGCGGAUGUGGUGCAAGUCCUAGUGAAGAACGGGGUCAAUGUCGACCGACAGCUGAAUGCCAACCAUGACAAGAUCACGCCCAUGAUGCAAGCAGCUGGCUUGGGACAUCUGGCGAUCGUGCGCCUCUUGGCUCCAGUGGCCAAGAUCGAGAAGCCUGAUCGUUACAAACGGACUGCCCUGACUCAUGCGGUAAUGAACGGUGCCGCUGACAUUGCGUCCUUUCUUUUGUCUUUGGGUGCGGAUCCCAACCGAACGGAUACCUCUGGCAACUCGAAUAUGCACUAUGCGUGUGCCUAUGGAUGGCACUUUUGCACGAAAAUACUUAUCGACGCUGGGGCAGAGCUGAAUGCAUGCAACGAGUGGAAGCUCACCCCCACCGCAGUGGCCUUGUUGAAAGGCCACAAAGGCAUAGCCAAGCCUCUAUUGGCCAUGCCUGGAGUUGACAUCAACUUCAAAGAUGACAAAGGCCGCACCGUUCUCCUGAGCAUUCUAAGUACUUUGAAUGUGGACCAACCGCUGACCCAGAGUCUCUUCAACGAAAUCAGGGACAUGGUGGAUCGUCUGGGAGCCGAUCCACAUGCCGUCGAUAACGAUGGUCUAGGUGCACUUCAUUUCUUAUGCAAAUACAACCCCAGACCCAACCAUAGUAACAUGGACGAGGUCAAAGAUGUGAAGAAGUUUGAAAAGUUGUGGAAAGAACGCACUGCCAUUCACAAACAAGCCGUUCUAUUUUUCACGAAAGCCAAAGUGAACUUGUUCCAUCAAGACGAACGUGGGUUUUUGCCCAUUAUGUAUGCUUUAGAAGUUCCCAGGAACUUGUUGGGCCGAAGAUACUUUGAAAUCAUUUCUACACUGCUCGAAACAAUGAUGAGGUCCAGUGGAUCGUCCAACCCAAAGAUAGAGCUGAAGAAAAACCAACCCUCGUGGUUGAGUGUUCUGGUUCAAAAUGUGUCCUUACCCUACAUACAAGAAUGGGUUAAAAUCUUCGCCGAAACAUGCGAAGUGCUUCAUAAAAUUGAAGUGUCUCCUAGUCUGGCAGAAAUGGUGAAUCAAGAUGUUCCCUUCUUGGCAUUGUGCCACUCGUACGGAGUCCCAUUUUCGACAAAAGUGGAUGGUCCGUUCUUUUCCUCUUUCUCUUCUGAUUUGAAGGCCGACGAGUCUGGAACAUUGGUAGGCCAGAGAGAAUACUUGAAGCAAUUCAGGCAAUUAAUCUUCGAGUUUAUGAACCAACUCAAGCCUGAGAUCGAAAUCAACGUCCCGGUCAAAGUGGUGGUGAACGGCGUAGAAAAAGAAAAGCCUUGUAUGAAAUCGGCUUUGGUGAAUCUGGCCUUGGCACGGUCAGAACCACCCGAAGACCAAUUCCUGGCUUUCCGAGCAAUGGAGAAGCAAGUCAAGGCCAACCUGGACAUCUUGGACGAACAGGGUCGAACUCCGUUCAAUGUAGUUGUCCAAGAGGGUCGAUUGGCGGUGGCCAAACUCUUGGAAGAAUUUCAUUGCGAUAUUGACCAUGCCUAUGUGUCCAACAUCAAGCAUCAAGUGAGUAAAAUUGAGAGCGUCUUCUUGAAAUACUGCCCAAUACUCGACGCCACCAAGCAAGGGGAUUUGCCCAUGGUCAAAUUUCUCAUUGACGUUGGUGUCGACGUUCAUCUGACUUAAACUUACGUCACCGAAAAGGAUGGAGAGGAGCACCGAGAGAGCCUUUUCUUCCUGGCCGUCAGCAAUUGCAUGUCGGAUCGGAGGAAUAAAGAUAAAUUGGGAAUUCUCAAGGCUUUGAUUGCAGCAGGUGUAGAUGUGACCUAUCAGCAUAGAACCAACCUUCGAAACGCCCUUCACCUGGCCAUCAACAGCUCGUCAGACAGCGCGGAUCAAGCAUUGGAUUUGGAAUUGACUCUUCUAAGGUCAAACGUGGACGUGAUGACCAAAGAUAUUCGAGAGCGAUAUCCGCUCCAUUACGCCUUCGUCAAGAUUGGUGCACAUGCCAAUCACUCGCGCACGGAUCCCAUUGAGGUAUGCAGCAUGAUUGUCGAGGCCAUGGCAGACCAGAAUGUGGAUGAAGCCGACGAAUACGGCUCGACAGCCCUUCAUUACGCCGCUUAUCGAGGCGCCACGGUGUGUUGCCUUUUGUUGAUCUCUAAGGGUGCGGAUGUGAAUCGAGUUGAUCUACUGGGCAACACGCCCCUGGCCUAUGCUGUUUUGGGACAACAUGAGGGCUGCGCUCUCAUCCUACUUCAAAAGGGAGCGAACAUCCACGUCAAUGUCCACAAAUUGAAAACUGCUCGGGUUUCCAACCAUGGGAACAAUGAUGAGAUGGAUAAAGCCCGGGCUGAAUACAGCUUUCGGUUCAAUGCCACUGAAAAGAAGGAACGCGACACCUUCACGCUCUUUGAGGGGCUCAUUCAAAACAGUUGGCUGGGAAUCACUUACAUGGCUUUGGAACAACUGGAAAAAUUUGGUAUGUCUUAUGCCAGAGCCAUUGAGGUCGCUUUGUUUCUGCAAAAGAUUCAAUUUGCCAAGACUCUCAUUAGUAAACAGGUGUCCGUGGAGAAGAUUCGUGAAAAGAAUGCCAAGGGUCGGAAUCUGAUCCACUGCAUGGCACUCGAGUGCAAACAUACGUCCUCCAAGGAAAUCCAGGAAGAUGUCUUUGAAAUGCUUUUGGACGCACAGAUCAAUCCAUUAGAAUUGGACCACCAGGGAUCGAACGCCUUGCAUUAUCUGGGAUUAAACGGCAAUCGUUCAAUUCUCAGUGUUCUAAUGAACCAACAUCCAUCCGAAGUCAAGCCCAUGAUGAACUUGAAAAACAAGUUUGGAAUCACACCCAUUGGCGCCUUGUUGUGGAAUCAUACCCGGCAAACCAUGGACACAUGUGAACUCUUACGGAUGUAUUUGAGGCAUGGUGCCAAUGCUAAUCUUACCACCAAGCUAAAGCCGUUGUGUCACGUAUCGAGAGGAUUCAAAGCGAGCGUCAAGAACAUGGCACACUUUGAAGAUGGUGAUGUUCCGGUUGAGACUGAAGAGACCACUCCCUUGAUUGCGGCAAUCAUCAUGAACGACAAGGACUUGGUCAAACUUCUUCUCCAGGAGGCCAAAGCUGAUGUCAGCUUAACAGAUUCCACCGGCAUGACACCCUUGAUGCAUGCUGUCAAAACCAAUAAUGUGGACAUGUUGAUUCAAUUAUUGGCACAAGGCGAGACUCGACAUUAUGACAAUCCAGCUCUGCGCAAGAAGCUGAUUCCGUUUGAACUGGAUUUGACAGCAAUUGACAAGAACGAUCGUACCGUGUUCCACCACCUCCUAGCUGUGGAUCACGACAGCUCGUUCCCCGUUACUUUUGAUAACGCCGAAAUGCUUGACGUCCUAUUUCAGGCAUCCAAGAUUACAAAGCGAUCUGUUCCACCUACCAUAGAUCAUGAAUUCAUGAGGGAAGCCGAAAAACGCGGCAAUCGGAGAAUAUUGGAAGCGUUGAAGAAGAAAGUCAAUUAUCACUCAACCAAAGAUUUGAAGUCAUUUGAACCUCCUCAGGUAGAAGAUUGUGUCCAAUGGUCCUCCGAUUUUUCAUUCGACCUCAAUGAAGAUUCGCAAGCCAUGCUGUCCAUUUUGCGGAAGCAAAGCACACCAAAACGCUCGAAACGAGCCAAAACAACUGAUGAAGAUGACGACGAAGAUCGUAUGUCAAGUGAAGAUGAGAGCGACUCUGAGGUCGAAUCUGAUAUGGAGGGCGACCCGAAUGAUGACAAUCACGGUCAUGUUGAAGGUGUCUCCCGACCUCAAGGACUGACAAUCCAAAAUGGGAGCAUUCAUGAUGGAUACGCCAUCCUUAUGACCAAGAUUGAUGUCAGCUUUGGAGCUUGGGGACUAUACAACUUUUAUCGCAUGCAGAUCUGGAAAGACAAGUACAAGGACUUGUGGGUUCUCUUCACGAAUUGGGGACGAAUUGGAGAUUAUCGAGGGGGUCAGUACCAAAACACCCCCUUUGGCACCGCUGACAAAGCCGUUGAAGAGUUCGAGAAGACCUUCAAGGCGAAAACUGGAAAUGAGUGGAAAGAUGUGAGCGAGUUCCAACAGAAGCCCAGAAAAUACCGAUUAGUCGAUGUCGAGAAGUUGAAGACGGUCAAGAAAUCUGCUCUCGAAUUUGACCUUGGGUCCAAGAUCCCCUCGCAGUUACCCCCCGUGGUUCAAUCCAUGAUUGAAGAUAUCGCCAAUGUGUCCAUGUACGUCGAGGCCAACAAGCAAAUUGGCAACGACCCGGAGUCUCUUCCAUUUGGAAGCAUCAGGCGAGACCAAGUGGAAAAAGCCAAGGGUAUCUUGGAGCAAUUACGUGACCUCAUUGCAGAUAAAGUGAGUAUUGAAGGCAAGCGAUCCACCAACUCAUCUGAAGCACUACAAGAACGCCUCUUCGAUUGUGUGGACGAGAUCAGCAAAAUUAGCUCGGAGUACUUCUAUCUGAUGCCGAAAAAGGGCUUCGAAUUCACCAAAGUCCUGCCCAUCGACAACGACAAUUUGUUGACCUCGGAAUUGAACCGGGUUAACCUCACAUUGGAUUUGGAGGCAGCCGAGCGGUUAUUGCUGGGUGCUCAAUUCCGACGGAAAGAGAUCAACCCCCUGGAUUACAUCUAUCGAUCCCUGGGUUGCGUCAUCUCACCGUUAAAUCCCAAUACGGAUGAAGCCACGUGCAUUCUUCGGUACAUUGGGAAUUCGCCCAAUGCGGACAACUGUGAAAUUGACGGCAUUUUCAAGAUCAAGCGCGACGAGGACUUUUCCAAGUUUGGCCAGACCAUCAAGCCCAAACACGAUUGGAACAGACGGCUCCUGUUUCAUGGCAGCAAACGAGCCAAUUUGUUCAGCAUUUUCACUCACGGUCUCAUGGUCAAUGCCCCCACGGCCAUGAUCAAUGGCCGGGCGUUUGGCGAUGGGAUUUACACCGCCGAUGUGUUUUCGAAGAGCGAUGCUUACACGAAUGAUAACCGAUUCAUGAACCCCGGUUCGGCCCGCCGGGAGACCAACAAGUAUAUGCUCUUGUGUGACGUGGCUCUGGGCAAGCAGUAUCGCUUUAACUAUAAUCAGCCAGCUUGCGGGAACCUUCGGAAACAUUGCGACUCCAUUCUCGUGGAAGGGUACUCGGUGCCCAAUCCGGAGCAGACGAUGUUUCUUCAGUCUGGCUUGGAACUGCCUUUGGGCGAAAUCAUUCGGCAGUCUCAUGUUAAAGGCUUUGCGAGUGAGAAUCGCGAAUACAUAACGUUUGAUGACAGUCAAAAUAGCUUGCGAUACAUCGUCAAGUACAAGUGUACUACGACUGGGUACGGCAGAACUCGAUCUUAUCGGACCCAUGGCAAGAUGAUGGCUUUUCGAAGUACGUGAAGAGCUCACUAAUUGUCACUUUGAUGUGGUUACUCAUAUUGUUGAACAUUUUCAGAUCUCUUUUCGUUGAUUUGAGUGUUGUUUUAAUAUGUUAUUGUAUACACUAAAAUAAAAUGUGUGAAAAAAGA